AUGGCUACUCCCUCCUUUCAUUGUAAGCCCCAGUCUCUGGCCUACGAUGUUGCCAUCGUCGGUGGUGCCACCAGCGGCUCCGCGAUUGCUUGGUUCCUUGCCUCGAACGCGGAUUUUCACGGCACGGUCUUGGUCGUCGAGCGAGAUCCUUCACUGAAAUACUCGGCGACGCAAGCAAGCAACAACUGCAUGCGUCAGCAAUUUGCAACCGACAUCAAUAUAAAAAUCGCUCAGUAUGGCGCUGAGUUUGUCAAGAACUUUCGAAAGAAUCUCGCCAGUUCAGACGACGACGGAGUACCAGAUCUUCCAAUCCGCAACUUUGGAUAUCUGUACCUUGCCGACAAUCCAGAGUUUGUUGCGACCCUGCAGGAGGACCAGGAAUUGCAAGCUGCCUGUGGCGCGGGUACGCAUAUGCUUUCAACGGAACAAAUUGCUGCCCAGUAUCCAUUCUUCGCACUGGACGAUAUAGAGGCGGGCAGCCUUAAUACUGUCGACGAGGGUGCAUUUGAUGCUCUUCAAAUGGUUGAGAGCCUCCGAAACAAAGCCACACAACACGGUGUGGAAUACGUCCACAAUGAAGUGGUUGCGCUCAACCAUUCUGGCAACAAAAUCCACUCCAUCACUUUGAAAACGGGCGAGGUUGUCAGAGUAGGCACUGUCGUCAACGCUGCGGGAACUCGUGCCGCCCAAGUCUCUCGGCUAGCUGGUGUCGACCUCCCCAUCGAAGCCCGUCGCCGGUACACUUUUAUCUUCUCGGUGGACGAGCCGCUCCCACAAGACCUUCCCCUCACAAUCGACCCUACAGGGGUUCAUUUGCGCUCUUACGGAGAGAAGGACUAUCUUGUGGGUUGUCCCCCAAUCGGGCCGGACUUGGCUAUUGCUGUGGACGAUUUCAGCUACGAGGAAGGUGUGUGGACGCAGAAGGUGCUUCCCGUUCUUACGAAGCGCGUUCCACAGUUCGCCUCCGCCAAGGUGACAAACUCGUGGGUGGGCCAUUAUGAAUUCAACACUUUUGACCACAAUGCCAUUAUUGGCCCUCACACAGACAUAAAGAAUCUACUGUUUUGUGUGGGAUUCUCCGGCCAUGGGAGCCAGCAGGCUCCAGCAUGCGGCAGGGGUGUGGCCGAACUGAUCACGUAUGGAAGCUUUCGCUCGUUGGACUUGUCCGCACUUUCAUAUGCUCGCAUCCAGGAAAACAAGCCUCUUUGGGAACGUGCCGUCAUAUAG